AUUGGCGCGAUUCCGGACAACCGGACGGACGACGGAGUUCCUUCGUGCAGAGAGAGAGCUAGAGCUAGCUAGUAAGGCUUCGUGAACUUUGAACCUUUUGUACGGUACGGUGUUGGUGGAAUUUCGCGGAAUUCAAGUUCAAGCGGUUCUGGCGCCGAAAUUGUUGGCGGACAAGUCUGGACUUGGGAGAGUUGAGUAAAUUAGCAAAUAUUUAUCUGUGUUUGCACACGAGUCUGCGGUCGCAGUUAAUUUAAAUGGUAAAUUGGUGGUGAAAUUAGAAACAAGUGGAACAACCGCCGUUUGGGAUCGCCGUUUGGAAGGGAAGGUGCAGCUGUUCAAACGUCGACCUUCGUACACACAGUCCGGCUCGACUAAUCCAGUUAGUGCGGCGGCGACGUUCCCCGCGCAGAAGUUCGGUUCGCAUUUUGUGAGUGAGUUCAGAAAUCCAAAAGUGUCCUCUUCGGAAUCCAAUCCAAGUGUCCUCCAAAACCGAGGAAGAAAGUGGUGGGGCCAGGCCACCACUUGUGGGAAAUAUAGAUCCGACACCGAGAAGAGAGUGUUUCCUAUAAAUAGACCACCCUCUUAAGAUUUCAAAAAGAUACUUGAAAGAGGGAUUGCUGUACGGCAGAAGGAAAAAGAGGCAGAAGUUUGUUGUGAUUUUGAAUGAGCCAAAGGUGCCCCGGCGGGCUAAGUGUGUGACAUAGUCGGCCCGUGGUGGAAUUCCAAGGAAAAGGGAGGACGAGGACACCCCUCUCUUGAAACGCCCCACAAAUCGUGUGGACGUCGCGACGCACAGAGCGACAACAGCUGGUUGUAGCCGACUACCUUUGGGUAGAUUUUGAUCCGGAGAAGGUGAACAUCAUGAGUGAGGAGCAGGCCAAGCUGGACGCCAGCAAGCAGGCGCCCACCCCGGACGAUCUGGACGACCUGAGUCCGAUGCCGCAGACGGCGGUGCCACCGGUGCGGCGAAGGGGCGGCAUCUCGGCGGAACCCGUCAGCGAGGAGGACGCCACCAGCUACGUGAAGAAGGUCGUCCCGAAGGACUACAAAACGAUGGCCGCCCUGUCGAAGGCGAUCGCCAAGAACGUGCUAUUUUCCCACCUGGACGAGAACGAGCGGUCGGACAUCUUCGACGCCAUGUUCCCGUGUAACUUUCUGCCGAACGAGCCGAUCAUCCAGCAGGGCGACGAGGGCGACAACUUUUACGUGAUCGACAUCGGCGAGGUUGAGGUCUUUGUGAACAGCGAACAGGUGACCACGAUCGGCGAGGGCGGCAGCUUCGGUGAGUUGGCCCUGAUCUACGGGACGCCCCGCGCGGCCACGGUGCGCGCCAAAACCGACGUCAAGCUGUGGGGCAUCGACCGGGACAGCUACCGGCGCAUCCUGAUGGGGUCGACCAUCCGGAAGCGCAAGAUGUACGAGGAGUUCCUGUCGCGGGUGUCGAUUCUAGAGAGCCUGGACAAGUGGGAACGGCUUACGGUGGCGGACGCGCUGGAACCGGUUACAUUCGAGGACGGCGAAACGAUUGUCAAACAGGGUGAGCCCGGAAACGAUUUCUACAUUAUUGUCGAGGGAUGCGCCACCGUCAGGCAGAAACGAGAAGUGAACGAAGACCCCGCCGAGGUGGGCCGGCUCGGCCCGAGCGACUACUUUGGGGAGAUCGCCCUGCUGCUGGACCGUCCCCGGGCCGCCACCGUGAUCGCCCGCGGCCCGCUCCGGUGUGUCAAACUGGAUCGUGCCCGGUUCGAGCGGGUACUCGGCCUAUGCGCGGACAUUCUCAAACGAAACAUUACGCAGUACAACAGCUUCGUGUCACUAUCGGUCUAAAUGUAAUAAAAUAACAGAAAAAUAACAGGAGACAAAACAAGUUUCACAAAAAUCAAAACAAAGGAAAGCUAACUUCAAAUGUUACAAACACAAAAUGAUCCCCCCCGUCACCCCUUGGAAACCGUUUAUUUAACGACAGAACAAAACAAGCUCUGCAUGAUGCCUGUAUUUAAUUUUCGAACAAAUCAAUGUGACAACCAUGGAAAUUGCUGUGGGCCCCACCCCCUUGUGGCGGGUCUUUGUCAUAGAGCUGUUUACUUAAAUUAGAGUAAAGCGAGCGCGAGAGAGAAAGAGAGAGCGAACAUUUUGGACGUUACGUUUAGCAGAAAUCAUCAUCGCCAAAUCGUGCAGUGAGACAUAAAGCCGGCACUCGGUUGCAGAAAAUCACAACCUGUUUUUUUUUUCGAAUCCUGCUUCUCAUGUGAUCUGCAUUUGAAGCAGACAGGCGCCGGUAAUGACCAGCUGUCAAAUACGUUUUGACAAGCACUAGAAUUUUCUCAAAUUAAGACAAAAUAACUCCUAUGAUGGGUUGCUCUACAUAAGCGCGUAGAUUGCUAGUCAUUAACGGCGCCUACAUGGUCAAAUUGAAGGUUUCGAAAAAAAAUAAAAAAAAAUGUGACCACGUUUUCAAUGACAAUCUAUUAGAACUGUUCAUUUUAAUUUCACCAUAAAAUUCUGGAAAUUUUCAAAAUUUUAACAAUCUUUCUUCACCUUUUUGCUGAUCUAGUCAAUAUUGGCGCCUGCCUUGUUCGAAUGCAGAUCUCAAAAACGCGAAUAAAUAUGAGAUUAAUAAAUUUAUCGAUUGCUGAAUUGUUAUAAUUUCUUGGAAAAUUUUACCUAAAUUACCUGAAUUCGAUUUGACACAAAUUAAAGUACACACUACAACCUGAACAGUACCGGCGCCUGCCACGUCAAACUGCAGAUCGAAAAAGAACGCGUUGAGGAGCAAUUACUGAAAUUUCUUGCUGAAAAACGGUCCGUUUUCUUUGCAACCGAGUGCAUCACAAUCGCGGAUCGAAUCUACCAGAGCGCACGCGAGUAAAAUCUUAUUAUCUAUUCGCCGUGACAUUAUUAGUGUAUAUUUGGAGCAACAAAAAUCUAGCGAAACUGCGCUACACCGUGUAACAAUUAAUCGCGAGGAAUAAAAACCGCCAACCGAUGUGUAUUUUAACAAAAAAUAUUGUGAAUCGUGCAAAACAGCCAUUCACCGCAAGCUUCGCUGAAGGGGAAGGAAGUGUGUUAUACCAUUAGCUAGAUAUGUCUUUUUUCUCUACAAAAUAGCUGCAAACAACUACAUGAGCGCACUGCUAGUGUUGAAAGGGGGAAAAACACACUGAAUUAUUAGAAACGGAAAACCACAAACAAUAAGGAGCGAAGCAGGAAGCUUAAUGCAAAACGUCGUUUUUUAAAUUGUGUGACUAAAAUUAUAUUGAAAAAAAAAAGAAGGUGAAGAAAAUAAUUCAAAUGGUGCGAAAUAAGCUAACUAGCGAAACGGGAAGGGUUCGAAGGAGGGUGAAAGGAAUCAGGUCAGAAGGGACAAGCCAACUAUUUUAGGGAAAAAUAAAUGCUUAAUCAAUGAAUUAUUAAGUAUGACGGAGACAUUUUAACGCGCCAGGAGGCGAUAAUCAGCUGCGCACGCACCUUAGAGACAUAUUUAGAGUGGUUUUGCAAAUCUCGGGUGACUUGUUGGAACUUUUGAACCUUUUUUUGUUGAAUGUCCUACAAUUUAGGACAUUAGGACAAAUGCUUUGAGUUGGACAUUAUGGUAAAGUUCUCUGGUGUAGGACAUUCGGGGUUGAAUUUCCUAGUGUUGGACAUUAGGGUGAGGUGUUCUGGCAUUGGA